AUGGAGAUCGAUGAAAGCGAACCAGUAGAAGAACCUGUAUCCGAAUCUAACGGCGUAGAGGAAACACCCGCUGUCGAAAUGAGCCAAGAACCCGAAUCCACCCAGAAUCCGAAGAAAAGAAAACGUAGUAAAAAGGAGAAGAAAUCAGAAGCACGUGGAAUUACUAGAGAAGCUGCUGCAGCAGCUGCAGCCGCUCUGGUGAGCGAUGCGGAUGUCGAUCCUUAUGGAAACUACAGAACAUCUGAUAGUAACUCAAAUUCCAACGACGGUGCUAACGAUGAGGACUUUGAUAUAAAUGAUCUGAGAGCUGCAUCACCUGAUGCAGUUCCACAGAAAAAGUCUCAAAGUCGUCGUGGUAAACCUAAAGUUCCAGCUACUAUCAUCAAUUCGGCCAAAAAGAAGAAGAAAUACGACUAUGACGACGAGGAUGAAGGAAAAUCGAAAAGCAAAAAGAAGAGGAGAAAAAUUGAAUCGACUGAAGAUGAAUUUAUUUCUCCUGAAGAUCUUAUUGAAAAACGUCGGUCGGGGAGGUCAUCUCGAGGAGCCCCCAAGAACUACGAUGACAAUGCAGUUCCGAACUUCUCUGAUGGUGAUGCAGAUUCUGAUGAUGAUGAACCUGUAAGAAAGAGAGGUCGUAAAAAGAAGGAAUCCGUCGAUACUUCCGAAGAUGGUGUCCAGGAACCAGUGGCAGAAGUCGCAGAAGAACCUUUGAUUGUUGACAAAAUUCUGUCGCACAGGAUUGUCAAACGUAAAAAGAGCUCCGAACGCUCGGAUGAGGAAAGCAAUGCUGAAUCAAAAUCUGAAGAGGCCAAAAAAGAACCCGAGAAAAGGCCAGACGAAGAACCCGAAGAAGAGGAAGAGGAAUUUUUUAUCAAAUGGAAAGGGUACUCUUACAUUCACUGUGUCUGGCUUUUCAAGGAUGAGAUUUUUGACCCGCGCUUUGAUCAGAAGAUGCGCAGAUACUUCAGCAAGUUGGGUGCGACGAACGCGCCUGAUCCGGACAACGAGGAUCUGUUUAAUCCGGACUUCGUAAUUGUCGAUCGAGUUCUUGAUGUGGUGGAAGGUCAGGAUGCUGAAUCUGGCAACGAUACUCGCCAUUUCCUCGUGAAAUGGUGUGGUUUAGCGUACGAUGAAUGCACUUGGGAAUUAGAAGUUGACGUAGACCAAGUCAAAAUAGAGUGCUUCAAAAAGUACAACAAAAGGAAAGCAUACAAACGACCAUCCGAAAGACCACCAAUAAGUCAGUGGCGUAAGCUCGAACAUCCGCAACGAUUCAAAAAUGGUUGUGAACUUCGCGAAUACCAAGUCGAAGGUGUUUCAUGGCUGCUUUUCAAUUGGUAUCAGAAACGAAAUUGUAUUUUGGCUGAUGAAAUGGGUUUGGGAAAAACUAUCCAAAGUAUAACCUUCAUCCAGAAAAUUUACGAGACGAAUCACAAAGGCCCGUUUCUGAUUGUUGUUCCUCUAUCUACUGUUGGCAACUGGAUUCGAGAAUUCGAAACGUGGACUGAUCUAAACGCAAUCGUAUACCACGGUUCAGCACAAUCGAGGCAAAUGAUCCAUCAGUACGAAUUAUACCAACGUGACAAAAAAGGAUAUCCUAAAAGAGGUGAUUUCCGAUUUGAUGCCUUGAUCACGACAUAUGAAAUGAUCGUCGCCGACAUUCCAGAAAUUCGUAACGUUAACUGGCAACUGAUGAUUAUCGACGAAGCUCAUCGCUUGAAGAACACCAAGUCAAAGCUUGCUGAAAAUUUGAAGAAUAUGCAUAUUGAGCAUAAGGUUCUCUUGACUGGAACGCCUCUUCAAAAUAACAUCGAAGAACUCUAUGCACUCCUCAAUUUCAUGAAUCCGACAGACUUUUACGACAUCGGAUACUUCAUGCGAGAGUACGGUGUCCUCACCAAUAAAGACCACGUAGAUAAGAUGCAAAAGGUUCUGAAACCGAUCAUGCUUAGAAGACUUAAGGAAGACGUGGAAAAAUCAUUGGCUCCAAAAGAGGAGACGAUCAUUGAAGUCGAGUUGACUAACAUUCAAAAGAAAUACUACCGAGCUAUUCUUGAACGCAACUUCGACUUUUUGUCUAAAGGCGCCUCGAGUGGAAAUGUCCCAAGUUUGAUGAAUACUAUGAUGGAGCUUCGGAAGUGCUGCAAUCAUCCAUUCUUAAUUAAAGGAGCCGAAGAUAAAAUUCUUGAUGAGUACAGAGCAAAAGGCGAAGUCGCUGAUCCAUUGACAGCUAUUGUGCAAGCAUCUGGAAAGAUGGUCCUCAUUCAUAAGCUCUUGCCGAAAUUGAAGGCUGGUGGACAUAAAGUUCUCAUCUUUUCCCAGAUGAUCAGAGUGCUCGAUAUUUUGGAGGAUUAUUUGUAUCAAAUGAAUAUGGGCUUCGAGCGAUUAGACGGAAGAAUUCGGGGCAACGAUCGACAGGCCGCUAUUGACAGGUUUUGCAAAAAGGACUCCGACAGAUUUGUUUUCCUUCUUUGCACCCGGGCUGGUGGUCUGGGAAUCAACUUGACUGCUGCAGACACUGUUAUCAUCUUCGAUUCGGACUGGAAUCCGCAGAACGAUCUUCAAGCUCAAGCACGUUGCCAUCGUAUUGGUCAAAAGAAGGAGGUCAAAAUCUACAGACUUUUGACUAGCAAGACAUAUGAGCGUGAAAUGUUUGAUAGAGCAUCACUCAAACUUGGGUUGGAUCGAGCUGUUCUUCAAAGUAUGUCUGGAAGUUCUGGAAAAGACUCUGGCGGUCCAAUGAACUCAUUGUCUAAAAAAGAGGUGGAGGACUUGCUCAAGAAGGGUGCAUACGGUGCGCUUAUGGACGAUGAUGAUGCGGCCGAAAAAUUCUGCGAAGAAGACAUUGAUCAAAUUCUUUCUAAUCGCGCCACCACUAUUAAACACGACGGUGGAGUUAAGGGUAGCACAUUCUCAAAAGCUACUUUCGCUGGUGCUGCUGACAACCGCAUGGAUAUUGACAUAAAUGAUCCUGACUUCUGGGAAAAGUGGGCACGAAAGGCGGACUUAGAUCUUGAUGCUUUAACUGCUAAUAAGCUGAUUAUCGAGCAACCCCGUGUUCGGAAGCAAACACAACGGUACAAUCCAGAAUUCGAUGAAACUGCGCACAUUGAAGGCAUGGAAGGCUCUGAUUCUGAUUCAGAUGGAGGAACUGGAAAGAAACGGCGAAAUGUUGGCUGGGGACGAAAGGAAUCUUUCAAACUCCAAAAGGGACUACUCAUGUUUGGAUGGGGACGCUGGCAAGAUAUUUCUGACCAUUGUCAGCUCUCCAAAAGCUUUCCUGAAAAGGAAAUCGAGGAAGUUGCGAGAGCGAUUCUAUCUCUAGCUGCCAGUUGUUACAACGGAGACGAUAAAGUUAAGCAAUUUAUUUGGGAAUUGAUAACUCCACCAGAAUUUGCUCACGAACUUCAUCUCCACAGCGCACUUCAUCAGAAACAGCCCACGAAGAAAUCUAAGCGUGGUCGAGAUUCAGAAAGUCCUCCUCCACUUGACGAAGGUCGCGAAUGGGUUAUUCAACUUGAUGGCCUUUUGGUCGAUGAUCAAUUCCGUAAGCACGUGGUUACUAACACCAACAAGCUCCUUGGUCGUGUUCGCGUUUUAUCAUAUCUGAGAACAGAAAUACUUGCAGACUGGCUAGAUCACAUCAAAGAUAAUGUUCAUUCUACCGAAUACGAGCUCGACGUUCCUAAUAUCGAAGGUGAACCACCUGUUCCAUGGUGGGACGAGGAAGCCGAUAAGUCUCUUCUCGUAGGAAUUUUCAAACAUGGCUACGAUAGAUAUAGCUUGAUUAGAAAUGAUCCGAGCCUUGUGUUCGUCAAAAAGGUUGGCCCAGCCGAUGAUAAGGCUCUAAUGGCAGAUCUAAUGGAGGGCGAAUCUAAGCCUGUUAACUCAAGCACCGUUGAUGGAAAUAACCCGGCUGACAAAGAAUACAAACCAAAACAUCGAAAUGUCUUCGAAGAUCAAGAACAAAUCAUGGAGGCCUCCGCAAGUACUGCCAAUAAUGCAGAAGAAAAAACUGGCGAAGAAAAAGACAAUGCUACUGUAAAUGGCGACGGUCCAAAAGAUUCUGAGGAGGGAAUCAAAGAGGGCAAAGAGGAAGAGAAGGUUGAAGUUGAAACGAAGGUUCAACCAAAAUAUGAACCCUGGCCGUCGAUUCCAGAUCUCAACAAGCGAUUCCGCAUGAUUGUUGCUGCGUAUCAGCGUAUUUUCCGAAGAGCUGCUGCUCGAGCUCAAAGAAUGAACAAAAAUCGAAUUCAGAGACAGAUUACGGAACGUUGGACUAAACGCGAGGAGUCUGACUUCUAUCGUGCUGUGAGCACUUUCGGCACCGAAAUGCUGCCCAAUGGAAGUUUCAACUGGGAAAAAUUCCGCAUGGUUGCAAAACUUGACAAAAAGACCGACACUAGUCUUACUAAUUAUUACAUUGCAUUCCGAGCUAUGUGUGAACGGACUUGUCGCCGCACGACGAUUCCCGAUGAAGAUUUACCUGCUGUGUAUGUGGAACAAAUUUCUGAAGAUCGAGCAAGUAGAACUCUAAUGCGUAUCCAGCUUCUCGAUCGCAUCAGACGAGAAUGUCUUAUUCAUCCUCAGCUUGAUGCAAGAUUGAAACUCUGUCAAAAAUCACCAGAUCUACCUAUUUGGUGGAAAGCGGGUAUUCACGACAAAGAAUUGCUUGUAGGUCUCCACAAGCACGGACUUUCCAGAUACUGCCCAAAAGUCGCUCCUCGGAUCAAGGUUAAAACAAAAGAGGAGCCAGUUGAAAUCAAGGAAGACGAAACUCCCGAGAAGACUGACGAACAUAUGCCUGAAGACAAAAACGAACUGGAGAAAAAGCCGUCUGAAACAGAAAGCAGUCCGAAAUCAAAGCCUCCUGCAGAUGAAAAUCAAUCUUCUGAAGAAAAAAUGGAAGAAGAUACGCCCAAGGAUACUCCACAAGAUUCCGAAAAAGAAAUGGAAACGGAUGAGCCCAAAUCUGAUGUUAAACCCAUUGAGGAGCCUAAAAAUCCUGAAGAAGGUACAGAAGAGGUCAAGGAUGAAAAAGCGGGGCAGCCAAAAGAGGAAGUAAAAGUCGAGGAGCCCGUUCCCGAAGGACCAGUGGUUGAAGUUGCUACUGAGGAGGAAAAACAACUGCUUGAAGCCGAGUUCAUCCAACAGCAGUCACUUAACAGGUGGCCAAAGGACAAGAUCUUGAUGCAGCGAGCUGAACAGGUCUGCUUCUGUAUUCUGCAAGGAGAGUGGCCAACACCUAAAUUGCUCAACUCGAUGAUGAAUCUGUCAGCUGUCGGGCAACAUGGUGCUGGUAGCUCUGGUGCAAUAGACUCACCUCACCGGACCGAAUCGCCCGCCAGCGACUAUCGCUCCGCCACCAAAAGUGCCAAAAUGCGCGGCCGGCCUCAAGCUCGUACUCCCUAUCAACCCCAAAACAGUACACUCGAUGCCAUCAAUAGCAGCCAACAGUUAUUGCAGAAAUUGACGGAGCUGCAGCAAAUUGGGCAAGUUUCGAAAGAGGAAGCUGAACAACUUCAUCAUCUUCUCACUCAGUCGAUUAUGCUCGGGCUACCUGUCGAUGCCCUCAUGAGCCAAUUGACACAGCAGCCGCAGAUACCGCCGGAAGCAGCAAAAGCGCCCAAGGUCGACAAAAAGCCCAAAAUGGAGCAGAACCUGAACGCAGCUGCCGCUGGAGCCGCUGCAAAGAUGACCGCCGAGCAACAGUCGAAGAUAAUGGCGCUCGAGAAACAACUUCAGGACCCUGCCAUUGCGAUGUUACUGAGACAAGGAAUGAUUGACCCCGCACAACUGGGACUGGAUGCUGAAACCGCGAAACUACUCGGUUUGGCCCCUCCAUUAACCAAUCCUAAAGCAGCUGCUCUUGACGCAAAGACUCUCCUCGGUCAAGCAGGCAUGACGCCGGAAGUAUUGCAGCUGAUGCAAAUGCAAGGUCUACCGAUUCCGGGCAUGGCUGGCCUGGGGGUACCAACCCCGAAAAAAUCCGCCAAAAAGCGGCCUGCCCCAACCACUGAGCUAGGCUCUGCCAAAGAUCCAGAUUCACGCCCAGCUUCAAGAGCAUCGAUGGCGUCCGGAUCACAGAGAGCAUCAACACCGAACGCGGAAGGGAAAAAGAGAAAAUCUGAUGACAAGGUCGAUGUCACUACACUCGGGCCUAACCAGAUCAUCCCACUCAUUAUGGGCGGCGUGAAAAUGCCAGAAGGAAUUCCGAAUAAAGAUCUUAAAGGACUACUUGACAGCAAUCCGUCCAUCAAGGUUGACUACGAAGCUCUUGAUGCCCUUUUGGAGAAGCAAAAACCAAAGCCCAAAAAACAGGCACCGACGCCUCAGCCAACGGCAACCGUAACACCUGCACAUACGGGAGCAGAUCUCGCAGAGCUUGGACUUACACCUGAGGUCAUGGCCCAGCUAAUGCAACAAGGGGUCGACCCGUCUAAACUCAACCUCGGUGCGCUUGGGAAGAGCAUGGCCAAGCCCAAGGCGAACGAUCCCGCGCAUCAACGAGUUCAGCUCAUUAAUUUGUCGACUUAUGUCAAGUUGGAUCGGAAAAAGUGUCCGGAACUUUACAAUCUCGAGAGCUUUUUGAAAAAGAAUCCCGAUUACUUUGUUGCCACAGAGUCAAAAGAAUUUGUCAUCAAGCACCCUAAGUACUUCCCGCGCACCAUGUAUCAGCGAAUUCAGCCUGAAAUCGAUCCACUUGCUCAUCUUUCCGCUCUACAGGACCCGAAAAUGUUGCAAACACUCAUGAUGCAAGCUCAAAUGGAUCCUAAAGCGAUGGCGGUGCUACAAGGACUAUCUGCGCCGCAAGCAGCCCAUGGAAUGCAUGGAAUGGACCAAAAAAUGCUUGCUGCCCUAGGGAUGGAUAAAAAUGCUCUCGCCAUGGCACAACUUGGCGGUCUUGAUCCGAAUAUGCUUAAGGCAUUAGGAUACGGUGGUGGAGGUGCUGCAGCUAUGAUGGAUCCAAAAUUCCUGGCAUCAAUGGGACUGGACCCCAAAAUGCUCGCCUCUCUUACCGACCCAAAACUUCUUCAGCAGCAGCAACAACAACAACAGCAACAACAGCAACUUGCGAUGCUCGGUCUGCAAGGAAUGGACGCUAAAACUAUGCAAGCACUUAUGGGUGGCUUAGAUCCGAAACAACUUGGCCUAGCUGGAAUGGACCCGGCGACUCUCAUGGCACUUGGCCUCGGUGGUCUUGGAGGAGGUGCUGCUGAUCUCGCGAAUCUUCAAAAGCAACAGCAAGAACAGCAGCUUAAAGCCAUGCAACAGCUUAUGGGUGUCGGAGGAUUAGAUCAAAAGCAGCUUGCCGCAAUGGGGCUUGGCUCACUAACUGGUGCGCCAGCCGUUGCAUCUCCCCAAGCACCGAGAUCUUCUACCAGUACUCCGAAGCCUUCAACUCCGAAACCGGACGAGCGAAGCACACCCAAACCGACAGACACGGCAUCGAACGCUGGCGAGUCUGAGAAAGGUGAUGCGAAGGCACCGCCUUCGAGUACCUCCCCCGUGAACGGAGCCGAUGACGAUAAAAAGUCAGUGAAAUCAGACAAAUCGAAAUCAGACAAGAAAGAAGACAAAAACGCUUCCGAUGGAUCAAAACCAUCUAGCCCUAAACCGGAAUCUGCAAAAUCCGUCACGCCUCGACCCCCUUCGACUCCUAAAUCUUCUCAAAUGGAUAAAGCUAUGCAAAAUACUCUCAAAUCAUUAGCAUCUGUAGAUCCUAAAGCGCUUGCAGCAAAAGGAAUUGAUCCAUCUAUGCUCAAGCAACUGGGUAUUAUUGGCGACCAGAAGCCUGCAGCCUCGCCGGUCGCAUCUACCGCUUCAAAAGUUGCUGGUCUUGAAGGAAUGGACAUGGAAACGCUGAAAGCAAUCGCUGCCGGUGAUCCACAAGCAAUGAAUCGCUUACUCCAGCAGGGACAACUAGGUGGACUAGGUGCAGCCGGCCUUGGCGGAGCAAACCCAUUGGCAGCCCUGGGAGGACUAGAUCCGCGAAUGCUUGGGCUCGAUGAACGAUCAUUGAUGGCCCUCUCUGGUGGAGCAGGCACAGCAAACAUACUCGGAGGUCUCGAUCCAAAACUUGCAGCAUCAAUGGGACUGGAUCCGAACUUGAUGAAAGCCCUUGGCAUGGACGCUAACAGCAUGAAAGCUCUCCAGCAGCAAGAGCUGAUGAAGCAACAGCAAAUGCAAAUGGCUAUGCUCGGAAUGGGUGCUGGUGCCGGUGGCAUGGAUCCAAAGGUGCUUCAAAUGCUCGGAGGGCUGGAUCCAGCUACUGCCCAAGCGCUCAUGCUUCAACAGCAAAUGGGUGCAGCUGGAGGCAUGGAACAAGCGCUUAUGCAACAACUCCUCGCAGGUUCUAUGGGUCAGGCGAAAACAAAAUCCUCUACCCCUAAAAAGACUUCCCUUCCGUACUCUCUGCCCAGCUCUCUCCCAACGUCUCUACCAACUUCUGUUCCUUCAAGCAUGAGCAUGGAACUGCUCAAGCAACAGGAUCAACAAUUAAGAGCACUCGUUAGUGGUCAACUUCAGCCAGAUCAGCUCACUCCAGAACUAUCUUUAUUAGCUGCACAGCUUGGACUACAGGUGCCCUCCUCAAAGAGGAAUUAA